CACACAUUUAUAUAGUUGUGUGUACAAAGUCCUGAUGAGUUGUCUGGGCUCACCAAAUAGUUACAAUUUGAUGGAUUAUGUUAUAAAAAUUAUAGUGGUGAUUUAAAAAACAAAACAAAAAUGGUGUCUAUUUUUUUGUGUGUAAAUAAUGGAAUCAUGUUCUAGCUAAAAUGUCUGGAAAGUGAAGACUUUGAAUUUAUAACAUUUCCAAGAUAUCUUAGGAGCCAUGUGUAUAUCUUUUUCUAGACAAAGCUAAAAGUUAAAUAGUUAAUUCACUAUCAGUUUGUAAUCACAAAGAGUUGACCUUCAGUCUAUGGUAAGAUUGUAAACCAACUGUUGAUCCUUAGCAUGCACAUAUGAUAAGUAAUUACAAAUGUGUGCUUUAUUCAUUAGACUCAACUUGUUAAAGAUACUCUCCAAAUCAACCUGCUGUAUGCUUGAAGUGAUCUGCAAUCUAGGAUGUGUUGCAACAAGAACAACUUACUCACUGCUGGGGCUUUCAUUGGUGGAUUGUUAGCUAUCCUUGGAGGGAUUCUUAUACCUGUGGGGAAUUCCAUUAUUGAAGACAAUGUUAAAAAGGAGGCUAUUAUUGAAAAUGGAACCGUUGCUUAUGAAAACUGGGUACUACCAGGAACUCCAGUGUACAGGCAGUUUUGGUUGUUUAAUGUAAACAACCCACUAGAAAUUGCACACAAUGGAUCAAAGCCCAUCCUCAGACAAAAAGGUCCCUAUACCUACAGGGUUCGAUAUCUGCCAAAGAUAAAUAUUACAGUAAACCUCAACAACACUAUCUCCUUCCUACAACCAUAUGGUGCAUAUUUUGAACCAGGUUUAUCUGUAGGUACAGAAGAAGACAACAUCACAUUUCUGAAUCUCGCUGUUGCAGGGGCACCAUCUGUUCUCCCAGCUCUCUUACUUCCUCUUCUGAACAACUUAAUCAAACAAACAAACUCAUCUUUAUUCCAAACCAGAACAGUAAAAGAAAUGCUUUGGGGAUAUGAGGACCCUAUAUUAAAAGCAUUAAAAUUAGCAGAUGCAUAUACUGGAGUAUUUUACCCAUAUAAUGGAACAGCAGACGGAUACUACAAUAUUUUUAAUGGAAGAGGUAACAUUGAAAAACUUGGAAUAAUUGACAAAUGGCAAGGUGAAGGAAAGCUGACCACCUGGAAAGAUCCUUAUUGUAACAUGAUCAAUGGUACAGAUGGAUCUGUAUUUCCACCAUUCAUUGAUAAGAGGAAGGUAUUAGACUUCUUUUCUUCUGAUAUUUGCAGGUCAGUAGUUGCUGAGUAUGAAAGCAGCAGGGUUUUGAAGGGGAUUCCAGUCUACCGUUUUAUGCUCCCGCCCAAAACCUUUGCAUCUCCAGUUGAUAAUCCAGAAAACAGAUGCUACUGCACAGAUACCCAAAUCACCAGGAACUGCACUACGGCUGGAAUCCUUGACAUAAGUGGAUGUAAAGAAGGAAUGCCAAUCUUUAUCUCCCUUCCCCAUUUCUUGUAUGGCAGUGAAGAUCUACAAGAAUCAAUUGAUGGGUUGAAGCCAAAUGAUGAAGAACAUUCAACUUUUCUUGAUGUAGAACCUGUAACUGGAGUUUCUUUGAAUGUUGCCAAAAGACUGCAAGUCAACAUACUAAUUCAACCUUCAAACAAGAUAGAAGUGUUGUCAAACAUUAAGAAGCAUAUUUUUUUUCCAAUCGUUUGGCUUAAUGAGACAGCCACUGUUGACGAUGCUACUGCAGAGAAACUCAAAGGGGCCUUGAUUUCUACUAUGGAGCUUCUAGAAACAAUACAGCUGACCUUGAUUGGCUGUGGAUGUGUGAUUUUUCUGGCAUGCAUAAUCACACUUUGUGUACUGAAAAAAAGGAAAACAAAAAACCACUCGUAGGAGAUGACCGAUGAAGGAAUUUAUCAAAAUAAUUUUUGAUAGAACAAAUGAAGUAUUUUCCUUCUGCAGUUCCUCUCAUUCAUUAUGUUUUCUUUAUUAAUGUCAGUAUUUCCCCAUUGUUUGUACUGUGGAAGUCCUAGAAUGUGUUGAACUAAAAUUCCAUUUAGCUCUUGAAAUGUUGCAAUAAAGUUGAGUAUAAAGCUGUAAUAUAACCAAUACUGACAAGUCUGACUACAGUUAUGAAGACAUUAGAACAAGAUUUUCAAAAAAUUAACACCAGUUCAUUGGUGAUUCUAUUUUCAGAUUUUCGUGCUGAAAAGGUCAAAUAAGUCUUCUGUGGUAUUCACUUCAAACAACUGCAAUUCACUCCAAAACAAUCUUCUGUUACCCAUCUAUAUUUUGAAAAAUGUGUGUUUUGGUAAAUUAGGUACAGUACCAAUCAGGUGUUAACUAUGUCUACAUGUAUCUGCAACUGAACACAAUUGAUGUUAGUGUAAAGGAAGCCAAUACUUUUACAUCAGGGUACAUUGGUGGAAUAGCACUGUAGUCCUUCUUACCAGAAAGUCCUAUGUAACCUUUUAAAUUUCAUUCAAAUUCCCAAUCAUGCUUUGAAUUACAGUAAAAAAAAAAGA